AUGAUCCAGACUGGAGAAAAGAAGAGUCGAAAGUCAGACCAUAAUUCAAAGCCAGUUUCACAAAACGAGGUGGAUCGCAGCAGAGAACAGUUGGCCAAGGUUCAUUCUGAACUGAAGGUCAGAGAAAAGGAAAGUCUAGCAGGGUUGGAGAAAGCUCUGAUGGAGAGUGGUAGCGAAACGGAAGAAGAUAUUGGCGUAAGCCAGAAGAAAGAAAUGGUGGAAGAAGAAAUGUUCGAAGCUUUCAUGGCUGAGCAAACAUUUCUGAUUGGAAAACCAGCUGAGGAAAAUCAUUCGAAGGGACCCGUUACCAAUGAAAUACCAGAAUGCAUCAUGCAGGAUGAUUCUGAGGUAAUUGACCAAGCUGGAGAUGAGAAUCAAGAGGGUCAGGAAGCUGAUCCAAUUCCGAUCUCUAGUGAAGAUUCACAAGCGAGUAUGGUACAAGAUAAUUUCGAAAUGGUCACCCCAAUGGAAGCUGAAUAUGAGAGCGAGGAAGUGGUCCAAGAGAUACAGGAAGAAGAAUCCUUUUGGACAGAUUUUGUCCAUGAGGAGGAAAAUAAAGAGGAGGAAUCAAAGAGCCUGGAAGCAAAACACAGCAAGGAGAUUCCUGCGGAGUCAGAGAAGAUCAAAGAAGGAGUUCCAAUUAUUGAUAUUGACAUAAAACAGUGUAUCUUUAGCUUAAAUUUUAUAUUAUUGAUAUUGGUUUAG